AUGGCAGGGACUGCUAUGCACGAUGUUGGGCAGGGUGGAUCGGCAUGGAUUCCUCCACGUACUCAGACUGGACAGAGCGACUCGGACCGUCGUCGCACAACCGCAACCGGCCCCGCGGAACCAAGAUUCUUUUCCACGGCGAUGGGCGCGGCUCGGGGCGAAUCUGCGUUGCAACCCAACAGACAGGCAGAAUUACAGUAA